AGGCCACACCAGUUGACGUUCGGCGCGCGCUCAGACAGGAUCAGUGGAAGCGGCGGUCCUGCUAUCCCUCACUGCCACGCGGGUUGUCGGUCUGCGUGCGCGCGCGGCCGCAAGCGGCUACCGAGAUCGGAACAGCGACAGCUGCUGCAGUCUGUUCAGAAGGACGCGUUGAGACGCAGCACGCGUGUUGCCGUUGCCGAGUAGUGUUGACGAGUGCCGCAGUUUGUAUACGGCCGCAGGGGGAGAAAUCGUGCCAGGAUGCGCGGACGCCGUAGCGGUAUCUGCUCCAAGCUGACGAGCACGUUCCUCAGGAAGUGGUGGUGCGUCAUCGCAUUUUCGGUGCUGCUACUCAUUUUCGGAAUCGUCAUCUUCGUUUUCUUCAUGACAUGGGUCAACAUGGUCAUCCACAAAGAGAUCGUGCUGCGCAAUGGGUCGAUGACGUUCGACUGGUGGCGUGAGCCGCCCGUGGACCCUGUGAUGAGCGUGUACAUCUACAACGUGACGAACGCGGACGCGUUCCUCAACAACGGCGACAAGCCCAUCCUGGAGGAGCUCGGCCCCUUCGUCUACAUACAACACUGGGAGAAGGUGAACUUGGAAUUCAAUGACAAUGACACUUUGACAUUCAACCAGCGCAAAGUGUUUAAGUUUGAUGAACUGAAUUCUGCUGGCAGUGAGGAGGAUAUGGUUGUGGUUCCCAACAUACCCAUGCUGAGUGCAACAUCUCAGAGCAAGCAUGCAGCACGUUUCUUGCGACUGGCAAUGGCCUCCAUAAUGGAUAUCUUGAAAAUAAAACCUUUUGUAGAAGUGUCUGUGGCCCAGCUACUUUGGGGUUAUGAAGACCCUUUGCUCAAACUUGCAAAGGAUGUAGUCAGCAAAGAACAGAAGCUUCCAUAUGAAGAGUUCGGACUUCUGUAUGGGAAAAAUGGUACAGCAAAGGACAAUGUAACAGUCUUCACAGGUGGUGAUGACAUCACACAUUAUGGCUUAAUUGAUACAUUCAAUGGCCGUACUCAUCUGCCGCACUGGAAAACUGAGGAAUGUAACAGACUUAAUGGUAGUGAUGGAUCAAUUUUUCCUCCACAAAUUACAAAAAGUACAACUCUCCAUGUUUAUGACAAAGAUCUAUGUCGGCUGCUACCUCUCAGAUUUGAAAAAGAAGUGGAAACAAAUGGUGGAGUGAUGGGUUACCGCUUUACCCCUCCACAGGAUGUCUUUGCAGAAGUUGCACAGAACCCUGAAAAUGAAUGCUUCUGCCCGGGAGGACCACCCUGUACUCCACAUGGCUUGUUCAAUGUUAGCUUGUGCCAGUAUGAUUCACCAAUCAUGUUGUCCUUCCCACAUUUUUACCUUGCUGAUCCCAAAUUUCUUGAUGCUGUUGAAGGCAUAAGCAAGCCAGAAAAGGAUAAACAUGGUUUUUUCCUUGAUGUACAACCAGACCUUGGCGUUUCGCUGCGUGCACGAGCCAGAAUUCAGAUAAAUCUGGCGGUCAGCCAAGUGACAGACAUCAAGCAAGUUGCCACAUUCCCAGACAUACUGUUUCCCAUCAUGUGGUUUGAAGAUGGUGUUGAUGGACUCCCAAGUGAUGUCACCGAGCUGCUCAAUCUUGCUGCCACAGCUCCUCCUAUUGCUAGAUCAGCCAUCUCAUUUGGUCUGAUUGCUCUUGGAGCCCUUCUGCUGCUUAUUGCUGCAGCCUGCUUGUGGCGUUCUAGCAAGCGACAGGAAACACUCCACUUGGAAGGUACGAGUCACUACGUGAAGCCUUCAGAGAAGCAGAAGAAGGACAUUGCUGCAAAUGGGCAUCCAGCAAAUGGCAAUGGUAAAACAUUUGAAACUCUGAACCCUGCAUUCCUCACAGGACCUGAAAAUGGUGCAACAAAUUAGAAUCUGCAGGGUGUUUUGGAUCACUAAUCUGCAGCAAGCAGGCUUGUGGCCUAAGAUUUGUGAUUUUGAAUGAUAUUAAGACUCUGUUUCAUACAGUGGACAGUGGCUACGCUAAUAUCAGCCCUGCAAUGGCAGUUGGAAGUACAUGGAUGUUUGAUGGCAGCUCGAACUGCCACCAGAACAAUUUUUUUAUUGUUAACAUGUCGGUUCAUCUUGUAACUGGCUUUAAUUUCCAUGGUGUAUUGUGUUUGUUACUGUUGUGAAUGCAGUGAAAACAGUGUUUUCCACAGAGAGCUCAAAAUGUGAACAAUUUGGAAGUACUCCUUCAACUUGUUUUAUCCAUGACUAUCUGUAAAGCUCAAUGGAGUGGAGAUCCUUGUGCAUAUAUACAGCUUUGUAUCAAUGACUGAUCUCUGAACACUGACAUUACAAGUAAAAUAAUAAGACAUAUUGCAGUUUUGUUUUAUGAAAAAUAUGUACUGCAGCAAGAUGCAUGUAGAUUUUUUGCUCAAUUCUGAAAAGAAGAAAAUAAAUGAUUGCUCUUGUGCUCACAUACCAGCAGAAUCAAAUUAUUAAAAGUGUAUAUAACUAUCCAGAUUUUUAUACUCCAUGUUUCAGCAUCUUCAUUUAAGCUAUUUGUUGUGCAUACAUUAAAAACUGUAUUACCUAUACUUUAAAAGGUGCAUAUCAGCUGAAUGAGAGACAGUGUAUUGUGUAAGACCACUAGCUUUAGAAGUACCAAAAUAAAGGCAGGAAGAACAUCAGAUGUAUACAAUAAGGAUUGAUGCUGUUAGCAGUUAUUGCUCAAUGUGUAAUAAGAAGGAUGAUAAACAUUUCGCAUAUGGUUAAUUGAUGACAAAUGUUGGGCAAGGUAAAAUACUAUUAUCCACAUAGGUAAAGAUUGCCAGUGUGUUUAAAGACAAUAAAUACAGUUAAAAUUUUCUAACACUUUACUUAGUUCCGCUAUAGUUAUGUCUUCAAAACAUUUUUUUUACCCUGCAAGUUCAUCAUAAGUAUUAAAAAAUUAAUUCCCCCCCCCCCCCCCCCCCCUUAAGUAUAGAGGUCUAUUGGGCCAACAAAACUGAGAGUAACUUGGCUGGCACACCUAUGUAUAACACUACACAAAUUUAUUUUGGUUCUGGAUUCUUUUGUUGUAGAAUUACUAAAAAAGAUAAAGAAAGGGGACAGGGGAGCAUUGUCAGAAACACUUAAAGAAAUGUGCAGCUUUUGACUCUGAUUUAGACAAAUUUAUAGUAGACAGAAAGUAAACAGUUGCAAGUAAGAUAGAGACAUGACAAAAUAUAAAGUAUUGCCAGGAUGGUAACACUUUCAAGAAAAAAAUAAUUUGAGUAAUUCUAUACAGACAUGAAAAGGCCAAACAUAUUCACAGAUGACAGUAUGCUAAAUUAGGGAGAUGUGCACAAAGUGGCACACAGUUCUAGGUUGUAUGAAUUUGAUGAGAGUUUAGCAGAAGAGGGAGCAAAAGUUUAGAGAUCAUAGGUUGCUUAGAAAAAAUAAAAUUAAAUGGCUGAUUAAGUGAAAAUACAAGAUGGUAAAAGGGUACCUGGUAUCCCUACUUUUGCCAUACAGACUAUUAUUAAGCACUCACUCUCUUUUCUAAUUAACCUUGUGAUCUUACUAACUUUCCAUUCUCAGCCGCAUUGCUCCUUUGUUAUAAAAUCCUUUAUCUUAUGAAACAUCUUGGUUUUUUUGUGUACUACCCAGCACUCUUGCCUUAAGAAUGGACAAACCCUUAUAUCUGUCAUUUGGUACAAUUGGCACUAAACAUCUUCUGGUUGUGUUUUGGCUAAAUAUUGUAGGAACUGCACUUUGUGUGCUUUUAUUAUAUUUCUAUUACUUUACACAACAUUUGAAUUCAUCAAUUUUGAGUAAGUUUUUCUUUCUUGUAUACAAUUUUUUGUAGAAUGAAUGUAAUUUAUAUGUGAACCACAGAAUCUGUCAGAGUAAGAAUAACAAAUUUUGCUCUGUAUGUGGAAGAUGAGUACGGAGAAUAGUGAUUCACUGUUUCAAAUGUUCUAAAGAAUUUUUGUAUUACCAAGAGGUACAUAUUUUAAGAAUUUCGGUUUUACAUUUGCUGUAUGUGCAAUCUAACAAGCUGCUCUGUGAUGUAAUACGUAGCAUCAAUAGCAUAAAAUUUUACUGUUAAAUUGGAACUUCCUAUAUGUAAACCUCUCUCUUUCAGGAGUGAAAUGAAGAAAAAAUAUUUAUUUUUGUAGGGAAAAAAUUGUACACUAUGUUUUAAAUUGACUACAAAAUAAAGUUCGACAAUAAAACUUUAUAUGCCACAUGUUAACUUAUGGCAUUAAGUGAAUUACCUGUAUAGAGUACCUGGAAUGUAAUGGCAGUACUGUUAAUUUUAUAUGACCUUUUUUUUAGUGUUAACUUUGAAAAAAUAUCGAAAAUUGCCAUUACAGUAACUUUGUGUAAUUCGUGAUGUAAAAUCAAAUAAAAACCGAUCUUUAGAA